UUAACACUGGAUUUCUGCUGCCUUGAUUAUUUAUGUACUAUAUAUACACACAGUAUCUCACAGAACAUCAUGGCGGACGAGGUUGAUGUUGUUGACAUCGAAGGAGACGAAAGUGAUGCCGCUGACGGUGAUCUUAGCAGCGCCCUGAUGCUCCAGGAUCAGUAUGUACAGUCAUCAUGGAGGACUGACCCUGCUGUGCUGCCCUGGACCCUGGACAACUCAAUCAGCGCUGAGAACAGAGAGAUUAUAGAGAGCAUGUUACUGGAAGAACAAUAUUAUUUUGCUCAGAAAAAGGUUCCUAAAGUGGCUUGGACUGAUGAAAAGCCUAAAGUAAAAAAGACACCGGUGAAGAGCUCCGGGGCUUCGGCUCGCUGGGCACAAGAGGAGAAAGAUCUCUUUGAGAGAGGACUGGCUCAGUUUGGGCGGAGGUGGACAAAAAUCGCAAAGCUGAUCGGCACUAGAACUGUACUUCAGGUUAAGAGCUACGCCAGGCAGUACAAUAAAAACAAGGCUAAAGCUGAAGGUGAUGUUGAAGUGUCAUCCACUGAGCCCCAGAGUGCACCGCACCAUGCGCUACCCUCUGGAUUCAUCCCUGCUCCUGUCCAGCCUCAGACCUCUGAUAUGUCCAACGCUGUACGCAUCGAACGACUGUCUGACGACGAGGACGUAGACAUCACCGAUGACCUGAGCGAUGACGCGAGUCAGCCUGAGAACCAGUUAGAUUUCAGGGAUGAGAGCAAACAUUCGGACCAGCCUCAAGACCAACGAGAUCUAAGUCAGUGUACGGACAAGUUAAACAGUGAUGUCUCGGACACAGUGGAAACAUCUGAUACGCCUGCUGAGGUUGUGUCUGAGGUGAACAGCUGCCCCUUUCAUCCCGAAUCAGAACCUGGAGAUCCUCAAGAGUCCUGGGACACACAAACACAGCUCCAGCAUGAGGAUGAGUGCGCUGAAGAUAAACUCGAGAAGAGUUCACCAGAGGACACAGAAGACCAGGAUGAAGAAGAGGAGCUGAAGCCUCCUGAACAGGAAGUAACACUGGACACAAGCACCAUCACCGAAGAAGAAAAGCAGGCCAUCCCAGAAUUCUUUGAGGGUCGUCUGUCAAAAACCCCUGAGCGAUAUCUGAAAAUCCGCAACUACAUUCUGGACCAGUGGGACAAGAGCAAACCCAAGUACUUGAACAAGACAUCAGUGCGUCCCGGCUUGAAGAACUGUGGGGAUGUGAACUGCAUUGGCCGCAUACACACCUACCUGGAGCUCAUAGGGGCAAUUAACUUCAACUGUGAGCAGGCAAUCUACAACCGUCCUCGCCCGGUGGACCGUUCUCGUCUAAAGGAAAGCAGAGACAGUCUGGAGGCUUAUCAGCUCGCUCAGAGGCUACAGUCCAUGCGCACAAGGAAGCGACGAGUGCGAGAUGCAUUUGGGAACUGGUGUGAUGCUCGAGACCUUGAGGGCCAGACCUAUGAGCAUUUGAGUGCGGAAGAGCUGGCCCUUAGGAGAGAAGAGAUGAGAAAGAGGCAACCAAAACCUUGCAAACUCCCCAAGCGAGGCUCUUUUGAUCCGUUCCAGCUUAUCCAGUGCAAACGCUUUGGAGAGGAGAGACCGGAACCGUUCCGAGUGAUCGUGUGUGCCGAAGCUCUGCUUGUCAUGGAUGUGCAUGCUCAUGUCUCUAUGGGAGAAGUGAUCGGACUCCUGGGAGGAUCUUAUGAUCACGAAGACAAAGUGUUGAGGAUUUGUGCAGCAGAACCAUGUAACAGCCUCAGCACCGGACUACAGUGUGAAAUGGAUCCCGUCUCCCAGACUCAAGCGUCUGAGAUGCUUGGGCUCAAAGGUCACAGUGUAGUUGGCUGGUAUCACUCACAUCCUGCUUUUGACCCAAACCCUUCGCUCAGAGAUAUUGACACUCAGGCCAAGUAUCAGAACUAUUUCUCCCGAGGAGGAGCUCCAUUUAUAGGAAUGAUUGUGAGCCCGUAUAACCCCAGUAACUCAUCCCCUGUGUCCCAGAACACAUGUCUGCUGGUGCUGGAAGAGACUGAAUCUGCUGGCACACAAAAGCUUCCAUACAAGUUUGAGUAUCAAAUCUCCACCGAGCCUCCAGACUUGACGCAAGUGAUGAGAAGAGCAGAAUGGGUGGUGUUCAAGUACAGGCAGUCAUACGGGUCUGUGAACAUGGAAAGACUCUACCGCAGAGAUUCCUCGCUCACAUGCCUGGAAAAGAUGCUCACAUCACUUAGGAUGAUUCUCGCAGAGAUCCCAGAGAGAGAGACAUUUCUAUUCCAGAUCGAAGCUUUGUUCAUUACUUGUUUCAUAGAUAAGCGAAAAACCGAGCAAGCUUCUUGCACCUCUUCUCAUCUUCAUGAGCAAUGUAAAGAGUUUCCUCCAAACAUGUUCACCACCUCUGAGCUGAUGGACAGCGGUGAGAUCUUGGACUCUGAGGAGAUGUGUUUAUCAGGGGAGCAGACCAUCAUGAGCACUAGCAGCUCUGAUAACGUGUUUAAUAGUACAGGUUCUGGAAACCAAGAUGUAUCUGGUAAAGAUGUAAAUAUUCCUCUGCUACCAUCAGCCACACCUGAGGAUUGAUCUUCAUCUCACCUGAUGAGCAGCUAAGUUAUAAAGGAGAGCUCCUGUUGUUGCUGAGUAAUAUAAUUCAGCUGUAUUUUGUAGUGACCAAUGAUCAUUUUUCAAGUACUGUAUCUCUUUAAUUGUCUUUAAUUGUGGCAAUCUCUAAAUCUCAUCGUAACAACACAGAUGCACUUAAAACUAGUCAGUGUUAACCAAAUCUAGUGUGUUCACUAGCUAAGAGUUCUGUACUUUCUCUCUAAUGUUCUCAGUGAUCAAUGUAUUUUUCACCAUUUAGCUUUUAACAAACAAACACUCAUUCAGAUAUGUUUAGUGUUUGGGAAUCCUACAUUGUUUUAUAUAUAAAAACAAAUCUGGACAUUACUCUGAGUGAGCACUUUAUUAGGAACACUAUAAUAACGAUAGUCUUAAUUGCAUCACACAAUUUCUGCAGUUUGCCAGGUUUUCUCCUGUUCUACCACAUUCUAUAGGUGUUCUAUUGGAUCGAGGUCCGCUCACCGAAUUCAUGUUCAUGAAACCAGUUUGAGAUGACUUUUGCUUUUUGAUAUCGUGUGUUAAGAUGCAAAAUUGUACCUAGAAAACAUUCCUCACACCAUUUACACCAUCUUCACCAGCUUGGACUGCUGAUACAAGUCUUCAUCUGUCUGGUUUGAUUGAAUCUGUGUCCACUGAAGCAUCAGCUUUGUGUUUUUGGCUGAUAAGAAGAAGAACCUUGCAUGUUUUUUUUGUAGCUCAAACACCAAAGAUUGAAAUGUGCAUUCUGAGAUGCUUUUAUACUCACCACUAUUGUACGGUGUGAUUAUCUGAGUUACUGUAGGCUUUCUGUCAACCUAAAUUGAUCUCUCGCAAUCCAUCUGCAGAACUGCUGCUCAGUGGAUGUUUUUUCUUUAUUUAUCCAUACUGAGUAAACGUUAGAGGUGUGUGUGUGUGUGUGUGUGUGUGUGUGUGUGAGAGAGAGAGAGAGAGAGAGAGAGAGAGUGUGUGUGUGUGUGUAAGAGAGAGAGAGAGAGAGAGUGUGUGUGUGUGUGUGUGAGAGAGAGAGAGAGAGAGAGAGAGAGAGAGUGUGUGUGUGUGUGUGAGAGAGAGAGAGAGAGAGUGUGUGUGUGUGUGUGUGAGUGAAAAUCCCAGGAACUCACACAGUUAUCAAAAUACUCAAACCAGCCAGUCUGGCAACCACAAUCAGAAUCACUGAGAUCACAUUUUCCCCACAUUCUGAUAGCUGGAAGUCAUCAUUACUCACAGCUGCUUGCUGUAUCUACAUUAUGUUUCUGCCUGCUGUCUCAUGAUUAGAUCCUUGUAUUAAUAAACAUAACCCUAAUAAAGUGCUCAGUGAAUGUAGUUCUCUGUGUUAUACACUAUAUACAUCAAUAUGCUUGUUUGUUUUUCUUUGUUAUCUGAAUGCCUGAGUGGUCUGUAUCUUGUAAAUCAGUGUUGCGGAGCACUUUGUGGUUUUAUUUAAAUAAAAUAAUUUAGUUUCUUUUCUU